AUGGCAGACUUUGGGGAGUACCCGCCGAACAUGGCGCCCCAGGACGCGCUCAUUGUCCGAGAACAAGCUGAGCCUGACCAUGCCGUGGUGCCUUACACAGCUGAAGACUUGUCGCGUCCAAAGGCUGGCCCAUUGAACCCUUUCAAGGACGAGAGCAGCGUUUUGAAGCGUAAGAGCGUCCCGACCGGACACGCCGAGGAGACUUACUUGAGCGAACACACAUUCCGAAGCAAACACCGCGCUAUCGAGCGACGAGGAGGCCCUGAGCGAGAGUACCAGACGACCGCAGAAACAAAGGCAGAGGCCGCGAGGAUACGGGCUGGACGUGAAAACAAGGGCAGCGCAACUAUUGUGGAAGGUCCUGGCUCCUAUGUUGGACCCUGGGCUCGAUAUAAGAAGCCCGAGUACGAGAUUGUGGCGGAAGAUGAGGAGCUAGCGAGCGAUGAAGAAUAUGAGAUUGUGGAAGAGGAGGAAGAGGUCGUCGAGAGUGGAACAGUCGUCAAGGCACCGACAAAGGCGCUCGAGCAACGAAAGGAGGCCGAGACAAUGGGAGAAGAGAGAACCGAAUUCCACGGGUCCGCCGAAACCGAUUACCAGGGAAGGACUUAUAUGCACGUUCCUCAGGAUCUCAAUAUCGACCUUCGGAAAGAAGUUGGCAGUAUCACCAACUACAUUCCCAAAAAGCAGUGCGGCUCCUGGAAGCACUCCAAGGCAGCGAUUACUGCAUUGCGUUUCUUCCCUACCUCAGGUCACUUGCUUCUUUCAGCAAGUGCCGAUUCAACUGUCAAGAUCUUCGAUGUUUAUCACGACCGAGAGUUACUGCGAUCGUAUCACGGCCAUUCCAAAGCUCUGUCGGAUAUCUGCUUCAACACAUCAGGCACUCAAUUCUUGUCUUCCUCAUACGAUCGCAUGAUUAAGCUUUGGGAUACAGAGACAGGUAUCUGUGUCAACAAAUUCACAACCGGCAAAACUCCUCACGUCAUCAAGUUCAACCCCGACCCUGAGCAUUCGAACGAGUUCCUUGCUGGUAUGUCGGACAAGAAGAUUGUCCAGUUCGAUAUCCGAACCAAGGAAGUUGUACAAGAGUACGACCACCACUUGGCGGCUAUCAACACCAUCACCUUUGUCGAUGACAACCGACGCUUUAUGACAACUUCCGACGACAAGUCUCUCCGAGCUUGGGAUUACAACAUUCCCGUCCCAAUUAAGUACAUCGCUGAGCCAGACAUGUACCCUAUGACACGCGCAGCGCCUCACCCAAGCGGCAAAUACGUGGCAUACCAAAGUUCCGACAACCAGAUCCUGGUGUAUGGCGCAAACGACAAAUUCCGACAGAACAGAAAGAAGAGCUACCGAGGCCACAACAACGCUGGUCUAGGCAUCGACCUCGACUGCAGUCCCGACGGCCAGUUCCUCGCUUCAGGUGACUCUGGCGGUUACGUGUGCUUCUGGGACUGGAAGACGUGCAAGAUGUACCACAAGCUGAAGGCUGGCAACCAGGCCAUCACCAGCGUCAAAUGGCAUCCUCAAGAGACAAGCAAGGUAGUGACGGCGGGUAUGGAUGGCGAGAUUCGAUACUGGGAUUAG